AUGCGUCUCUCCGCGCUUGCUACCGUCGCUCUGGUUGGUAUGGUCUUCGCCACGUCCAAGCCCUCCUCCACUGCCAAUUUGGCACCCAAGGACGGCCCUCCUCCCUCUUGCCAGACCAACUUUGAUGGUAACUUCGGUAUUACCGUCGUCGCGCUCGGCACUCAAAGCCUCCAUGCCGGUGUGAUCUACACUUCUGGCUUCUCUGUCUGCACCAACGGCUCUCUCGCUCUCGGCGGAUCCACCACCUUUUACCGCUGCCUCUCCGGUAACUUCUGGAACCUGUACGACCGCAACGUGGCCGAGCAGUGCUCGCCCAUCCACCUCGCCAUCCUUCCAUGCGGCCAGAAGGCUCCGGCUCCAGCGCCUGCUGAUGGCCAGGUCGUGGGCAGCGUCACGGUCGCAACAGCCUUCGUCACCGUCAUGACAGAUGGCAAGCCGCAAGUCGUUGCCACCAAGGUUCCCCUUCCAGUCUGCCAGAUCGGCGACGGCCAGAUUCAGGCCCACACCACUCUCUGCGGUAAACCCCCGCCUGCCACCCAGUCCGCCUCCCGGCCAAACGCCACGCAGCCUGCAAUGACGCCUCCCGUCGCUCCGCCUGCCCAGACAACUCCUCGGUAUGCGACUCCUCCCAACUCCACAGCGCCCAUCAAACCGCCGGGCACUGCGCCGGGAAGGCCCGCGGCGACAAAGCCGGGUGGAUCGGCCAACCCGGUGGCCCCUCCCGUCGCGGCAGGCCAGAACCUCGCUCCGGCCUCAUUAUUGGCUCUCGUUAUCACGAUCUUUGCGGCUCUGUACAUAGUCUAA